AUGCCCGAGCUUCCGGAGGAGUUCAAGGCAUAUUACGAUAUGUUCUUUCCUACGGAUAAGGCGAGGCGCAAGCUCCCCGACGACGAGUACAUUACUAAAGCGACUAAGAACGAUUGGAUCGAGCUUAGCGAAAGCGAGGCGGGUGCGCCUAUCCUGUUCGUUCCGAAAAAGGAUGGCUUACUACGCUUAUGUGUAGACUAUCGCGGCUUAAACGAAAUCACGAUUAAGAACCGCUAUCUACUUCCCUUAAUCAGCGAGACGCUUAAUCGACUUAGGGGCAACGCAUUCUUCACUAGCCUAGACCUCUCGGCUACGUAUUAUCGCAUUAAGAUUAAGGCUAGCGACCGCUAA